GUCUGGUUUAUGGGCCUCAUGUUGUUUCAAUAUGACACCAGUAUGGAGUGGAUGGUGGAAGAACUGGUGGCGCUGUCCAUCCUUGGAGGGGCUCUUGAUAGUAUCGCUAUCCAUUCAUCAGGCUUUGUUUCAGCUUGCCAGGAUGGUGUAUUUUCUCCUAUGGUAAUCUUGGGAGUAGGGGAAGCUAGUUCAGUCAAAGGUCAAUGAAAAAGUGUAUACCUCUGGAUUGCGUUAGCGUCCCCUGAAAGGAAAACUUACCUAAUCCACCCAGUCCCCACCCCAGCGUCUGGGCUCCCUGCAGCUCCUUUCCAAAAGUGGCUGAGAGCGCCAUCAACACAAGCGCUGGUCACACCCCAUGCCGCUUCUCUUUUUUUUCGCCCUUUCCUCCCUUUUUUUCUCCUUUCCUUCUUUCCCCUCCUUCCUUCCAAAGCUCAAUACCCCCCCUUUCCUACUUUGUUCGUGAUACCCAAGCUCUUUCUAAGAGCUCUUAUUUCUUUGCUUUCCAAGAUACCCAUAUACCCCCAAAACGCUUUUUCUCUUCGAAGCUCUGCUUCUUAAUCGAUACCCCAUCCCGACACCUUUUCGGUCUAAUAACUUUUAAUCAUGUCUGAGAUUCAGAAGCCCGUUGAGGAGACCCCCGUGGUCGUUCCCGCUGCCGAGCCCGUUGUUGAGGCUCCUGCUGCCACUGAGGCUGCUGUUGAGGCUCCCAAGGAGGAGGAGGUGAAGGAGACUCCCGCUGAGGAGACCACUGCCACUCCUGAGAUCGCUGAGACCACUGAGGCUGCCAAGGAGGAGGUCAAGCCUGCCACUGACGGCACCCUCGGCUACAAGGCCCCCGGUCUGGUCAAGAGCCUGCGCUUCGCUAAGCGUUUCUUCUACUUCAACGACAAGGCCCUUGAGGCCAAGCAGCUGUCUUCCUUCCACCAGAACGAGAAGCCCGCCGUUGCCAACCCUAUCGCCGCCUGGGCCAGCCAGACCGGCAAGGGUCUGCUCUUCAUCACCAAGCGCGCCGAGGACAAGGCUCACCCCAGCCACAUCAUCAACCUGGCCGAAGUCUCCGAUGUGACCAAGGAGGGCUCUAACGAGUUCCAGUUCAAGAUCGCUGGCCAGAAGCACACCUUCCAGGCCUCCAGCGCCGCUGAGCGCGACAGCUGGGUUGUCGCCAUCGAGGCCAAGGCUACCGAGGCUAAGGCUGAGAAGGAGACCAUCACCUCCAGCGAGGGCUACAAGGCUGAGCUCGAGAAGCUGACCAAGCCCGUCGCCGUUGCUGCUGUCGCCACCAAGAAGCCCGAGGAGAAGAAGGAGGAAACCGCCGCUCCCAAGGAGACUGAGGAGGCUGCUCCUAAGGAGGAGAAGAAGGAGACCGCCAAGUCUCGCUCCCAGUCUCGCAAGCGCUCCAGCAUCUUCGGCUCUCUCCUUGGCAAGAAGGAGGACGCUGAGGAGAAGAAGCCCGAGGCGAAGGAGGAGACCGCUGAGGAGACCCAGCCCGCCGAGACUGUUGCUCCCGUUGCCGAGCCCGUUGCUGAGGUUGCUGCUGAGCCUGCUGUUGCCACUGAGGCUGCUGCCCCUGCUGAGAUCUCUGAGGACAAGGCUGUCGAGGAGCCCAAGGAGGAGAAGAAGGAAGAGAAGAAGAACAAGCGCGCCUCCAUCUUCGGCAACUUCUUCCAGAAGGUCACCAGCCCCGCUCACGAGAAGUCUGAGAAGGAGGCCACCGCCCCCGUUGAGGAGACCACCGUCGCCAGCACUGCUCCCCAGCUCGAGAACCCCGUCGAGGAGGCCGCUGUCAAGCCUAUUGAGCCCGAGACCGUGACCGCCGCUGCCGACGCUGAGGUCGCCAAGGCCACCGAGGAGGUCCCCGCCGCCGCCGAGGUCACCACCCCCAAGGACAAGCGUCGCACCUCUUUCUUCGGCAACUUCGGCAAGAAGGAGAAGAAGGCUGAUACCUCCGACAACGAGGCCACUGAUGGCGAGAGCAAGGCCAAGUCCUCCAAGCUUGGUGGUCUGUUCCGCAAGCCCAGCAAGGCCGUGAAGCUCGACAAGGAGGAGACUCCUGCCGCCGAGACCGAGGCCAAGGCUGAGGAGACCACCGAGGCUGCCGUUGCCGAGACCACUGCCCCCGCCCAGGAGACCGCCGCCCCUGCCGUCGUGGAGGUUGCUCAGCCCGUCGAAACCACCACCGAGGAGGCCAAGAACGUCAACCUCACCACCGCCGCCCCUGUCCAGGCUGCUGCUUGAACUGCGUCUCCGCGACGCGUGGAGUUUGAACGCUGAUGGGAUCCCUCCUAUUCCUCGUUCACCCACCCUAUCCCUGAUGGCCUCGAUUAAUCCCCUGGUGGGGACCCCUUGAGUGCCUGACGGAUGCAAAUACGGAAUUGAUACCAUUCUGCUGCGCAGUUUUCUUGUGUUGCUUUGCUUUGUUGUGCUUUUGCCUCGCCACUGUCACUCUUUCGGCCAUUGAUUGUCUGAUCUUGCCGGGACAUUAAUGAUCCGAAUUGGGUGCCAAUGAGAUACCCGCCGUCGUUGCUUUAUAUUUGAAUUUCUUUUGCUCUUGUCCAUCCCCAAAAAAACCACCAAGCGCUCAAUAAUUUCUCUCGGCGCCCCUGGCUUAUAUGCCGGGGGCCGUUCAUUCCUUAUUAUGACCUUGGCGUCCCGCAACCGAGAUUCGAUUCGCGACGUGCUUAUGCGUUACGUGGUGUGUCGCCUUACUAGAUUGAUACCACUUUGCUUUCGUGCGCUUUGGCUUUCUCGCUUCGAUACCCUCUGAGGAGGAAGGGUUGCUUUGAUUUACUUGUGGGACGGUAGGAAAUGUGGAACUGUCUUGUUUUGUCUCGUCGUGUCUGCAAUUCAGAAUGCCGCCUCGUUUCCUGCUCUAUCAUGUUGUUUUUGAGGCUUCCCCCCUCUUACCGUUGUUUACCGUUGUUUCCCGUCUCACGCGGUUUUCCUUACUCCGAUGCUUCGUGGAUGUGGCACAUACUGCAAUAGGUAAUACUUAAUAGAAUCGUCUCAGUUUUGCUUUAACAGCUUUGCACCGUGUCGGCAUAGAAUUUCCGUAAAUGUAUCUUGCUAUUGUCCUUUCAGGAAUGUCGCAAGUCUCUUGCCCUCGUCAUGAAAUAUGAAGAGUGUGCAUUAUAGCUCGGGUACAUCAUUCUAUAGGAAUGGGUCUUAUGUGCGUGGGUGGAAACCACCCCAUCUGCAGACCAUUAUGCAAGCCAUCCAGGGCUCCAUCGAGAUGCAUUGGUCGCCGAGUGCGGCUCUCAACGGGAAGACCCCCGAGAGAAUCUAGUGUCGGCCACUAUUCCGCACUGAGGCCAGAGUAGAGUGAUUAUGAGACCGUGCCCACAGAAUUGGAAGCUGUUUCCGUGUAGAUUCU